AUGGAUUCAUUUCUUAUCAGCCAAGAAUCUGGACAUCCCAUUGAAAAAGAUUUCGCCUUCAAUAACAAUGUCGCUAAUGCGCAUGUAACAGUUCGACUAAGAUUUUUACGAAAAGUCUACGGUAUUCUAUUCACACAACUUUUACUCACUUCAUUAUGUGCUGGAACAAUGAUGAUUUUAAAACCUGUUCUAUUGGAUAACCUUCGACAGAAUACAUGGUUACCAAUUAUACUUAUUAUAAGUACAAUCGGAAUUCUAUUGGGAUUAAUGUGGAAAAGACAGGAAACACCAACUAAUUUUAUAUUAUUAUACUUAUUUACUAUAUGUGAAUCUAUACUCGUGGGAUAUGCAGUGAUUACAUAUUCUGCAACUGUUGUACUUCAAGCAUUUAUAUUAACCACCAUAGUUGUUAUGUCUUUGAUGUUGUACACACUGAAUUCCAAGAAAGAUUUCAGUAAAUGGGGUGUAGGAUUAUCAGUUGCUUUUCUCAUUUUACUAUUAGUUGGACCCAUUAACUUAUUUCUAGGUUCAUCAUUAUUGGAGUUAUGUAUCGCAGCCGGUGGUGCUUGCUUAUUCAGUUUAUUCAUAGUUUAUGAUACUUGGCGAAUAAUGCAUCAUUGUUCACCGGAAGAAUAUAUUAUGGCAUGCGUUGAUCUAUACUUGGAUAUAUUAAAUCUGUUUAUGUAUAUUUUAAGAUUUUUAAAAGAACUACAACAUAAUCAAGUUUAAUUAAUUGGUUGUAUUCAGUAAUUAUUUACUAUGAAAUAAGCGUAUUUGUGAUUUCAAUAUUUAUUAUUCAUCACACUUAAACCACAUAUUUAUCUAUCGAUAUUUAACUGCUAAUGACUAAGUCAUGAAUGAAUUGUUUCCACUUUUUGUUUGGACUACUAUUACUACUACUACUAAUUUCACAACUAUUGGAAAGAAACUGACAAACUUUAUCCUUGAAUUGUCCCUUUCACAUUUCUUGUUGCUGUCUUCCUCUUCAUCCUUUUUCUGAUCCUUUUAAAUUUCUCUUAGCUUUUUGACUGAUCAUAUAAAUGAAGUACACGAAUGCGCCAUACUAACUCGUGCAUGUGUGUGUAUGUGCAUAUUCCAAUAUUUUUUGCUUAUCCUUUUUUUCAGUUGAUAAAAUUAGCACUUUCUCAAACUAUUGAAUAAUAAUUGAUUUAUAACUCAACCACUACUACUCUUCUUUUAAAGACAAUUAGUUCAAGUCAAAUAUUGUCCCAAACUAAUGAAGAUCGAGAAAGUGACUUUAAGUUUCAUAGUAAAUAUCAAACUAACAUACUGAAUAUCGACUGUAUUAUGAUUAAGUUUAAUGUAUAAAAUAUCAUUUAGUACUCACAAGGCUUUAAAUUGUCCACAAAACAAGCAACAUUCACUUGAGAGUGGAAAUAAAAUGAUUAUGAAUGAGAAAUAUGGAGUAAAACAAUAUUUCGCCUCAACGUAUGUUAGGAUUAGUAUAUGGGUUACAGUACAUACACAAACUAACCCUCAAUCAUAAGCAACAACCUUAAUUCAGACUUUACAAUGUAACCAUUCAAGGCAUAUUUCCAAACUAGAAAUAUUCAUCAAUCAUAUAAAACUAAGUAGUAUUUCCACUCAUUUUCUACCACAAAAUUAAUUAUCCAUAUUUUCUGAUUAGCUAGAGCAGUUCAUGAUCAUUCGAUAGUAUAAUUUAUGCUGACCGGAAAUCGUAAUAACAUUUGAAAGAAUCAUCUUACAUUUAUGAAACCGUCAUUUAUUUAAAUACCGUUUUUAUUACCUCGAAAUUUAUUCAUAACCCUUUAUUAGUUUGCAGCUAUUCAAUUCUAUUAUUGAAACUUAUACUUACAUAUUGUUAAUUAUUUUAUGCGGUCCAGUUUAUUUACUAUAUGCACAUUCUGCGGUGUACCCAUACCCACUGCAAAUGUGAAAACAAAUCAGUGGGAAAGUUUUGACGGCAAUUCGAAUUGUAAUUAACGCAAACCACAGGUAGAUAGACGAUUGUCCUGAUCCAAACUAGGAUACAUAGGCUGAGAUCUUCCAACGCAGUGCCUUGUUUAUAAUAUUUCACUUAUCAUUUGUUCUUAAAAGAAUACAUCAACCUACAAAAUUUUACAAAGGCAUUUGAUGUAUACAGAGUAACUCGUUAGAUUUAUAACCACAUAACUUGUAAGCAGUUAAAAAUAACUUGCUAUCUUAUAUUUUAUAUUUGUCAGUAUUGUUUAUAUUUGAUAGCUUAUCUAUUUAACGUUAGUGUUAAAGAAGUUCUCAAAUUAAUAUACGAUUAUCUCUAAACGUGUAACUAACUCUAAGGUUAAUGUAAAUGAAAAUCUCGUCAUACAGUAACUAAUGAUAUAGUAUACUUAUUACUAUGUAUUCCUAUUGGUUGAGUUCAUCAUUGUGAAAACGUGUUCAUUUUUCAACAUGAUUAUAAAUUUCUUCAAAGUUAUACAUGAACAUUUCUAACUAUUGAUUGCAAACAUCCAAUACUUUACUGUAUCCUAUAAAAAUUAGUUAAAUCUUUUAUGUAGUUUUACUGUAAACAGUCC